AUGAUAAGAGAAACCCCUACGCCUUUGAACAUCAUUCGACCGACAACAUCCGGUGUUAAAGAGCAACAAGAAAGGGCAUAUACUAUGGAUUAUAUCUUUUUGGAGAAGUCUCAUUGCGUUGCUUCUGGUUUCUUUUCUUCGCAUCUUCGUUCAUCCCAUCUGUAUGAAUACAGACCGGCCUCCUCCGCGCACACUUCAUCUGUGAGCGCUCAUUCCGGCGGAAUGGAACUGACUCAAGCUGCUAAGGCACGAUAUGCUCAAUUACGUCAGCAGCGUAAACGUGUUGAGCCAGCUGAACGCCAACCUCUUCCGGCUCUACAUCUGCAUCUCUCCAAAGAUGGUACUAGUCCACUUCCUCCUGGUUGGCAGCGCGCCCCCAAUAUCAAACGGCAGGCAAAUCACACAACUAAAGACGGAUCCGACGGGGGCACUGGAGAGGAGGUCAAAAGUUCCGAUAUGUAUGCCUACUACUAUUAUCACGUUCGAACGCGACAGACACGUUGGGACCCACCAGUCUAUCCCUGGGAUGCAGACCCUCUUGAUCAUCUUUCUGGUGACACUGGGGAAGAUGACCCUGAGGCUCCGUACAAUUGGGGCUGUGCCUCUAAGUAUUCAGUGACUCACGAGGAGAUCGAAGCAGUAAGUGGCUUUCUUUUGAUAGAAGAUAACUUCUAA